UCUCCUCGGGUGUUUUGGUGAACCUUGGUUGUGACAGUUCCCACCUCAGUGGAGGCUUCAGGCAUGGCGGCGUGACGCCUGACAGAGCAAGGCUGCAGAGCUCUGCAUCAUGCACCUACACGGCCACCCCUCUAGGGGCACCGGCUUGCCCCCAACCAGCGCAACUCGACCCGUUGUCCUGUCCAUCCUCUGCCUGCUGAUGGCGCUCCUGCCUCCGGCGGCCUCCUGCCCUCCUCCUUGCCUCUGCUCUUCGAACAGUCUGGUGGUGGACUGUGGCGGCCGCAGUCUCUCCUCCCUGCCUCCUUUGCACCUCCUGCCUGAAGGGAGUCGCUCCCUCCUGCUAGCCAACAACAAACUAGCCUCGCUGGGAGUCACCUCCUUCGCUAACCUCUCCUCUCUGGAGGUUCUGGACCUAUCUAAUAAUUACCUGGAUAAUUUACCCGGCGGUUCGUUCAGAGAUUUGUCCAACCUGACGAGACUGACUCUGCACAACAACUCUUUAACGAUAAUGGACAAAGACCUCUUCCAGGGUUUGGGGAGUCUCCAGAGUCUGGAUCUUUCUCUGAACGGUUUGUCCUCGGUUCCUCUGGGACUACUGGAUGAGAUGCAGAGCCUCAGGUGGCUGUCUCUAGCGGGUAACAGGCUCCACGGUUUGGAGAGGGCAGCAUUUGAGCCGCUGUCCAACCUUCAGCACCUAGAACUGGGACAUAACCCAUGGGAGUGUGACUGCAACCUCCGAGACUUCAAACACUGGAUGGAAUGGCUGCUGUACAGAGGUGGAGCAGUGGAUGCAGUGGAGUGCACCCUACCCAAGGAUCUGCGUGGGCGAGACAUCCGUGGUGUUCCGGUGGAAAUGUUCAACUACUGUCUCCAACUUGAUGAUGAGAAUGGAGGAGGAGGAGGAGGAGGAGGUGAGGGAUCCCGUUCUGGAUCAGGAGGUGCCAGAUCUCCUCCUUGCAGCAGGAACGCUUUAAACCCUAGCGGUACAACGCUGGUGUCCAACAGCAAUGUUGGUGGCGGCGGUGGCGACGCCUCGUCUGCAAGUGCAGGAGGAGGUGGAGAGGCACCGCCAGACUGUGUCCGUGCCCGUUACCGUCCAGUUAGCGUGCGGCGCGCCAUUGGCACCGUAGUGAUUGCCGGCGUGGUUUGCGGCAUUGUUUGCAUCAUGAUGGUUGCUGCUGCAGCGUACGGCUGCAUCUAUGCCUCGCUGAUGGCGAAGUACCAGAGAGAGCUCAAGAAGAGGCAGCCGUUGAUGGGGGAUGGUGAGACAGACGGGGAGGACAGGGAGGAAAAGCAGAUCUCCUCAGUGGCCUAGGAGCAACGGGACUGAGGAGGGACGUUGUUUCAAAGCAGUAAAAACUGGAAUAGGUGAAAAUUAAAGUAGCUGGAAGAGCUUUUUUUUUAAUUUU